AUGGAAACCAAGCCAUGUACAGGUAUACUUACCAACGAGACAAGGUGUCUGCGGUGUGAGACAGUAACAGCAAGAGAUGAAACUUUCCUAGACUUGAGCCUUGAUAUUGAACAGAACAGUUCGAUAACUAGCUGUUUGAAAAACUUCAGCUCCACAGAGACUCUACACGCUGAAGACAAAUUUUUCUGUGACCAAUGCUGCAGUUUACAAGAAGCGCAGAAGAGGAUGAAGAUCAAGAAACCGCCACACAUCUUAGUUAUACAUCUGAAACGGUUUAAAUACAUUGAACAGUUGGGCCGCUACAAGAAGCUAUCUUACAGAGUUGUCUUCCCGCUGGAACUGAAACUCAGCAACACAGUGGAAGAAUAUGUGGACAUCGAGUACUCCCUCUUUGCAGUUGUGGUUCAUGUCGGAAGUGGACCAAACCAUGGUCACUAUGUUAGCCUCGUGAAAUCUCAUAACCAUUGGCUCUUCUUUGAUGAUGAAACUGUUGAAAUGAUUGAAGAAUCUGCUGUUCAGACAUUCUUUGGCUCAUCACAAGAGUACUCGAGCAACACUGAUCAUGGCUACAUCUUGUUAUACGAGAGCCUCGGAACAAGAACCUAAUCUCAUCAAUUUUACUUUUAACUCAGAAAAACAGAAAAGUUUGUAUACUAAUGGAAACCAAGCCAUGUACAGUUUAAUGACAAGGAAGGUUUACUA